GAUUGUAAAUCCUAUUGAGUAAUAAAGUUCACUUUUACGCGCGGAAAAAAAAACAGAGCUACCAGAUCGAGGUCAACUUGAAAAUGAGUUUUUUCCUCCACCGGCGGCCAAAUCUGCAGCGGCGGUGCUCGAUCUGAUGAGCCAAAGUGAGGCACGGAGGAUGAGGUGGUGGAGAUCGCGUGAAGCGGCUGUCGGCGAGGUCGCGGCACGGCGCGGCAGAGUUCCGGAACGAGGUGGAGCUGAUCGCCAAGCUGCAGCACAGAACCUGGUGAGGCUGCUGGGGUGCUGCGUGGAGAAGGACGAGAAGAUGCUCGUCUACGAGUACCUCCCCAACCGGAGCCUCGACGCAUUCCUCUUUGGUGUGAAGAUCGGGUUUGAUUUGGUGACACAUGGGACGUGCUUGCACAUGACUGAACCAAAUUGCAGGGACUGCACACCUGGACUGGAGGAUGAGGUAGAGCAUCAUCCUGGGCAUCUCUCGCGGCCGCUCUACCUCCACGAGGACUCCUACCUGAAGAUCGUCCACCGGGACCUCAGGGCCAGCAAUGUGUUCCUCGACAACAAGAUGAACCCCAAGAUCUCCGACUUCACCAUAGCCAAGAUCUUCGAGGACGAGGUGAUCAAGGUCAACACCGGCUUCGUCAUAACCUGUCUAGGGUUGUUUCAGAUUGUGGUAAUAUGUACUCCAUGUUGUAUGGACCUCUUUCUUAGCUUCCAUGUUGGUUGAAAUGCAUGUGAACUUAUAACCAAUCUUGGCUAUACAUUGCUAGUUAUGAUUCUUUUUAUAUAAAAAAUACUGACAGAAACAUAUGUGUGCUAUGCUUCAAAAUUUUAAGUCAAGGCGCUCAAGAAGUGGUUCCAUGUAUACUUGCUCAAGAACUUGUUGUCCACUGCUGUCCAUGUAUACUUGCUCUAAUUACUCCAGUGCUGGGUACCAAUAUAAAAUCACAAGUUACUCUAAAUAAAAUCACAAGUUAAAUUUAAUCCUACUCCACUGCUAUCUAUACAUUCCAUGUCAGAUUGAACUAUGAAAUUUAUCUUCAGUACUCGAUUUCUAUCUGCUACAGAACACUAGCUAGUCGUGAUGUCUAAGUCCAUAAUUGCAUACUUACUUUCCACCUAUAUGCCUAUUGAGCUAUUGAUUCAUAUAUUUUUCCCCACUUCAUAAAAAAGAUGUUCCUGUAAUCUACACCACAACCUAAAUCUGUGCUUUUGUGCGGUUGGUUUUGUGUGCAUAUGAUCUGGAUUAGGACAUAUAUAAUGCAUAUAUCUUAUAGGAGCAAAGUGCAGGGAAAUAAUAUGUUUCCACUCAUUCCACAGAGAUAUGUAUGAAGGAACAAGAACUGCUAGAAAAAUCAUUCACCCCCAAGAAAAAUCUGUGAAUGUUUGUUUUAUAUGUUUAGCUAGUAAAGGCUACGCAAACCUCUAGUUUCAAUUAUUUGUCAGAGAGUGUAUGUAGUUUAUAAAUCCCAGCUUAGACUUGAGAUAAGAGCUUUAGUGUUGCCGUUGCCUUGCUUAUUUGCUGCUGGUAGUUCAGUUCACCUUUCAGGUAUGGGGUUGCUACUGUUGUGAUGUGCUGCUGCUGCUCAAUUUGUUCAACAUAUAUGUUCUGAUGUAUGCUGCUCUGCUUUCCGUGUGAGGCAAACCUGUGUGCUUCGAGGCGCUUGUUGAGGAAGAACCUGGGCGGGCCAGGAGAACCUGGGCUAGGAGUUGCUUGGGCCGGAGGAGACUGUCCUCUAGGAGCACUUGGGAGAGAAGAUGCCUGGGCCGGAGGAGAUUGUUCUCCAAGAGCACCUGGACGAGGAGAUCGUCCUGGGUCGGAGCACCUGGGGGAGGAGAUCGUCCUUCACGAGCACCUGGGCGAGGAGCUGCCUGGGUUGGAGGUGCAGGGGACGGAGGAGGAGUUGCAGCGGACGGAGAUUGAGCUGCUGCAGCCGGAGGAGCUGAUGGGGCUGGAUCAAGAGCGCCCGGACGAGGAGAUUAUCCUCCACGAGCACCUGGGGGAGGAGAUCGGCCUCCACAAGCACCUGGGCGAGGAGCUGCCUGGGAUGAAGAUGCAGGGGACAGAGGUGGAGCGGUGGAGCUGCUGGUGCUGGAGGUGGAGUCGCUGGCGGAGGUGUGAGAGGGCGGAGAUGGAGCUGCUGGUGCUGGAGGUGGAGUCGCUGGCGGAGAUGAAAUCUGGGAAGGGUACCGAUUCGGUGCAAGGGUAGCCUUGUCUUUUUUAUGGGAAGGGUACCGAUUCGGUGCAAGGGUAGCCUUGUCUUUUUUACGGGAAGGGUACCGAUUCGGUGCAAGGGUAGCCUUGUCUUUUUUACGUUUUUCACCUGGUCGGAACGGAUCGUUAAACAUCUUACAUUCUUAUUCUUGAACGGAGGGAGUAUGACUUUUAGUCGCCCUAGGGUUGGAAUUCGAGCCGAGCCGAGCCAGAUUUCCAUCUCCA